GGCAGAAACGGUUGCUUCUCGUGUGUCUGCUAGGUAGAAUGGUAAUAUGCUUUACUCCAAUUACUUUUCUGAUACUCUCCAACGCAUUUAGAUGGGUCAUCUUUGAAGCCAAUUUCACAAAUUUUAUUAAAAAUAAUCGGAAGUUAACCACUUACCAGUCAGAUGCUGAGGCUCCUGACGCUUUUCAUAUGCACUUACUGCGUGAAUCAUGCGGCUGCGGACGGUUCAUAAUGCGUCGUACUUUAACCCGUCAUCAAGAUUAAUGACGUCACAAGUAAUCCGACUAACCGAAUUGGAUUUUCCGGAAAGGCUGGCAGCAGCAGCAGCUUGGUGCGAGAGAGGAGUGGUGUGCACUGUGCAGACAUAUGUGGCAUAACGUAGUUUUUAUUUUCAGACACUCGCUUCCCUGUUGUAAUGGAUAUUGGACUUGACCAUCGCGCCCUUCCCACCGGAAAAUUCCUCGUCGAACAAUGCGGCCGCGAUGGAAAAGACCGCGACCGCGACAGGGGGGCGGGGGGUCCGGGGGUUGCGCGCUGACAGGUCUGGUGAGCUUCUGCCCCGCCGCGGUGGUCCAGUCGGACGUCGGUACUGGGUUGGUGUACAUACAGGACUCGGUCUGUGAGUGGAUUUUGUCUGUGGGACGCUGGGUGGAGUGGCGGCGGCCGCUGCCCCAGGCGGUGGGCGCACCACGUGACCCAGUCGGGGUCGGGUCGAGGUCGCAGUCGGCGUCAGUCGCGAGUGGGCGACGUCCCGGCGGGGCUGCGCGCUGGCGCCGAGCGCUCGGUGGCCGCGCGCCGGGACGUUGCGGUUUUAGUGAGCCGGUGUGAAGCGACUCGGCUGCGGUGUUUCCUCGUUUGUUUCGUUCUUCGGUGCACGGCUCCUCGCGUGACGCGCUGACCGCGCUCGGCUGCGGACCGCUCCGGUUCGGGUAUUGUCCUCGACUUGCGAAAAAUGGCCUCCGAGCCGGCGGCGCCAGCGGUCAGUGAGGGAUCGGAGUCAGUGCAGGGAACAAGUGCUGGUGUUCGUGACGGCGCUGCGCCCAGCGGUGGUGAAGGUGGUGACGCUGCCGCUCACAGCACAUCAGGUAGUGCUACGUCACCGUCUGGAGCCUCAUCGCCAGUACCUAAAGAUACUCAGACCAUCUCCGUGGGGGCGCGGCAGGCUGGAUCCUCGCCACCCUCCCCGGCUUCAUCAGCGGCAGCUCAGCCUCCACUGCCAGCGACAUCACUGCCAGCCGCGACAUCAUCGUCACCUAGAAAGUCAUCAUCACCUGGAGCUUCUUCUCCGACCAGUGUUUUAUCACCAUCUCGAGCUUCACCCAAGCAGACUGUGGUAGCCAAAGGACCGAAGUCGCCAUCUACUUCAUCCAGCGUGUCAGCGACUGAGACGGUAGCCAGCGCGGUGGCUCCGAGGAAGUCCUCGGAUUCUACUCCCCAACAUCAGGGCACCAGUUCGAAAGAGUGCGGUGGGGCCAGACCCAAAGAGCACACUGGCGCGAGGCCCAAGGAGCGCUCGCCGGCCGGCGUCACGCCCCGUCGGCCGGACACGGGGUCCGCCACCUCGUCAGUGUCGAUGCUGGCGCACCAGGGCAGCGUGGGCAGCCCGUCGGAUGUGAGCUUCUCACCGUCGGUGGCCGACGGAGGCGACGGUCCGCCGCAGCGCUACUCUGGGUCCACCGAGGAUGAUGGCGAGCGCGACCGACCCCACGGCCACUGGCACCUGCCCUUCCGUAAGAAGCUCUCCCUCUGGGAGGCCGCCACGUCGCCGCCCAAGUCAGUUUCGUUCGUGGAUGAGGUGGAAGUGGGCUCGCCGCUGGCGCGUGAAUAUGUUGAGGAACAUCACAAAGAGCAUCAUCGGCACAAGUUGGGCCACACGCUCUCUCACUCGACGAUCGGCCGUGCAAUGUCGCAUUCAGCCAUCGGGAGCGCGGUGUCUCAUUUCUUCAAGAAGGGCCACUACUCCCCGCCAGGGUCUGAGGCUGGUGAGGGCGCUGCUCUGCGCUCCCACUCCCACCAUACCAUCGGACAUGCAGUGGCCGAGUUCUUCAAGAAGGGGGUGCACCACUCGCCUCCAGACGCGGCGCCGUCGACCCGGAGCGGCACCCCGCCCGUGGAGGCUGGCGAGGACGCCGUGUCCUCGCUCCCUGCCGGUCCCGAGGAGGGCGUCACUCGCGGCAAACCGUCUACACCCAUGUCGGGAAAGAAGACCGACUCCGCUGGUACCGCGGCCUCUAAACCGCCACGCGACGAUCCGUCUGAACAACCCUCGAUCUCCGGUAUGGGUCAGGCGGUGGCCAAGGCCUUCAAGAAGUUCAACUCUUCCGUGGUCGGUUCUCCGGGGAAGCCGCCGCGCUGGCAGACGUGGCGCCGCGGCACUGCGCCCGACCCGAAGAAGCACCGCUACCGGCGCCGUUCGAUGCCCGGCCGGAGACUCUCCGAGUCGGCCGCAGCGUACGAGGUGUCCAUGCUCUCCCUGCUGCGGCGCCGGCGGAGCGCCUCGCGGUCCCCAGAGCGACGCGGAGGCACUCCGCCGCGGCCGGCCAACCGCGAGACGGCUCUGCAGUGGCUGCGCCGGCAGGCGCUGCGGCGUCACAUCAGCGCCGACUUCCUGCACCUGCGCCGCUGGCGCCGCUCCUGUCCCGACCUCCCGGCCGCCACGGAGGGCGAGGAUGAGGAGGAGGAGAGGGUCAACGAGCCGAUCCGACACGCCAUACUGCGGCGCGCCCUGGUUGACGACUUCGAGACAAUCCUGCUGAUGUACCCGGGAGACGUGCUGAAGAACGGCUUCCGGCUGUUCGCGUGGGCCAGGCUCAACCAAGAAGACGAGUCACAGAUAUACAUCAAGUUCUUCAAGUUCCACAAGUGCUACGACCUGAUCCCCACCUCGGCGAAGCUGGUGGUGUUCGACACCCAGCUACUCGUCAAGAAGGCCUUCUUCGCUCUCGUGUAUAAUGGUGUACGAGCAGCACCGCUGUGGGACAGCUCGAAGCAGCAGUAUGUCGGCAUGCUCACCAUCACCGACUUCAUCCGGAUCCUGCAGAUGUACUACCGUAACUCGGACGAACGGAUCGAGGAGCUCGAGGAGCACAAACUCGAGACGUGGAGGACGGUGCUCGAGUCGGACAGCAAACCCCUCAUCUUCAUCGAGCCCGAGGCGUCGCUGUACGACGCCAUCACGAUGCUGCUCCAGAACCGCAUCCACCGGCUGCCGGUCAUCGACCCCGUCUCCGGGGACGUGCUCUACAUCAUCACCCACAAACGGAUACUGCGCUUCCUCUGUCUAUACCUGCACAACCUGCCUCGGCCGUCGUUCCUGAGCCGGACGCUGGGCGAGCUGCGGAUCGGCACCUUCGACAAGAUCGAGACGGCGCGGCCCGACACGCCCGUCAUCGAGGCGCUGACCAAGUUCGUCGAGCGACGCGUCUCCGCACUGCCCAUCGUCGACGACGACAACAAGCUCACGCACAUCUACGCCAAGUUCGACGUCAUCAACCUGGCGGCCGAGAAGACGUACAACAACCUGAACGUGCCGCUGAUGGCGGCCAACUCGCAUCGCUCUGAGAACAAGGUGGAGGCGUGCAAACUCUCCGACACACUGAUGCAGGUACUAGAUAAGAUAGUGCACGCCGAGGUGCACCGGCUGGUGAUUACCGACGACGAGCAGCGCGUGAUCGGCAUCAUCUCGCUCUCCGACAUCCUCGACGCCCUGGUCAUCCGACCGCACGAGUACAACACGAUGUCCGAAAGUCCGUCGGAGAGUGAGGUGGACGACGACGAGCGACAUAUGAUCGUCGAGGAGGAGCCCGGCGUCGAGGAGGAGCCCGUGGCGGCGGCCGCCGGCAUCGAGCGGCUCACCCUAACAGACGGCGCGGGCGCGCACAAGGACGGCUGAGCGCCGCCGCCCGCCGCCGCCGCCAGGGGCGCUAGUGUUUCGCCGAGGCCGCCGACGGACUGAAAAACGCUUCAGAGUCGUGGACGAGGGGUGAACGGGUGGAGAGCGAGAGAGCGAGAGAGAUAUUGGAGUGGGCCGCGGGCUCGCUCUGAGGGCUGGCCGGGGCGCCGCCGGACCCGGGACCCGCGGUGAGAGGACGCCCGUGAGCGCCCGCCCCUGCGAGAGCGUGUCCUGUGUGAGAGGGCGCCACCGCAGCGCCGCGGAGCCACCCAUUAUCGAGUGGUCGGCGGGUGGCGGCGUGGGAGAGCGCUGAGCUGGAGGGCAGCGGGGUGGGCGGGACACUCGGCGGGCCUCGCGACUAGGUACCUCCCCCAGCGAGAAUCGCGUCCGCGCCGUAUUCGUGGGCGAAAAUAAACGCGUCGAUGAUUUGAACCGUAGCGUCGGGUUGUCGCCAUGAACGUGUCAUGUUAUAUGAUGAUGAAUAAAGUAUAUUUUGUAUUCAUUCAUGUGUCUGUGUCUCCGGGUUGUGUGGAGGGAGGGAGGGAGGUCACUGUGUCGACACGCGGACGUAGACGCCGUAAUGUCUGAUUCGCUGUAACCCGAGACGUCAUCCGCAGACUCGCUGGAGGCUAGUGUGAUUGAAUACAUCUGGCUCAAAUGUGCCGUGAAUUUGA